AGUUUUAGGUGACCGAUGACGUGCCCUUUCGAGAGGGGCCCAAGACUACAUUUCCCGGCGUGCACCGAGAGGGGCAGGACCCGGAAGUGAGGGCGUGAGAGGCCUCUCUGGAAGUUGUCCCGGGUGUUCGCCGCUGGAGCUCCGGGUCGAGAGGACGAGGUGCCGCUGCCGGGAGGAUCCUCCGCUGCCGCCGGCACCCGGAGCCCAGCCCUUUCCUAACCUGACCCAGCCCUGCCCAGUCCCAGCCACCAGCGCCCGUCCCUGCCGCGGACCCCAGCGUUGCCAUGAAUCCUGCCGUUUUCCUAUCCUUACCCGACCUCCGAUGCUCCCUGCUGCUCCUGGUAACUUGGAUUUUUGCUCCUGUAACAGCUGAUAUAACAAGUCUUGAUGCAGAUAAUAUAGAUGAUAUUUUAAACAGUGCCGAUGUUGCUUUAGUAAAUUUUUAUGCUGACUGGUGUCGUUUCAGCCAGAUGUUGCAUCCAAUUUUUGAGGAAGCUUCCAACGUCAUUAGGGAAGAAUAUCCAAACGAAAAUCAAGUAGUCUUUGCCAGAGUUGAUUGUGAUCAGCACUCUGAUAUAGCCCAGAGGUAUAGGAUAAGCAAAUACCCAACCCUCAAAUUAUUUCGUAAUGGGAUGAUGAUGAAGAGAGAAUACAGGGGUCAGCGAUCAGUGAAAGCACUUGCAGAUUACAUCAGGCAACAAAAAAGUGACCCUGUUCAAGAGCUUACCAACUUAGCAGAAAUCACCACUCUUGAUCGCAACAAAAGAAUUAUCAUUGGAUAUUUUGAGCAAAAGGAUUCAGAAAACUAUAGAGUGUUUGAAAGAGUAGCAAAUAUUUUGCACGAUGAUUGUGCCUUCCUUUCUGCCUUCGGGGCUGUCUCAAAACCAGAAAGAGUUACUGGAGACAACAUAAUCUACAAACCACCAGGGGGUUCUGCUCCAGAUAUGGUAUACUUGGGAUCGAUGUCAAAUUUUGAUGUGACUUACAAUUGGAUUCAAGAUAAAUGUGUUCCUCUUGUCCGAGAAAUAACAUUUGAAAAUGGAGAGGAAUUGACAGAAGAAGGAUUGCCUUUUCUCAUACUCUUCCACAUGAAAGAAGAUACAGAAAGUUUAGAAAUAUUCCAGAAUGAAGUAGCUCGGCAAUUAAUAAGUGAAAAAGGUACAAUAAACUUUUUACAUGCUGACUGUGACAAAUUUAGACAUCCUCUUCUGCACAUACAGAAAACGCCAUCAGAUUGCCCUGUAAUAGCAAUUGACAGUUUUAAGCAUAUGUAUGUAUUUGGAGACUUCAGGGAAGUAUUAAUUCCCGGAAAACUCAAGCAGUUUGUGUUUGACUUACAUUCUGGAAAACUACACAGAGAAUUCCACCAUGGUCCAGAACCAACUGACACAGCCCCAGGAGAAAAGGAAGACCAAGAUGUGGCAAGCAGUCCGCCAGAAAGCUCCUUCCAGAAGCUCGCGCCCAGCGAAUAUAGGUAUACUUUAUUGAGGGAUCGAGAUGAGCUUUAAAAACUUGAAAAACAAUUUGCAAGCCUUUCAAACAGCAGCAUCAUUGUAUGUGGUGGAAAUAGUAAACCUAUAUUUUCAUAAUUCUAUGUGUAUUUUUAUUUUGAAUAAACUGAAAGAAGUUUUGGGUUUUUAAUUUUUUUUCUCCCCCUGACUCUGAAUGCAUCAUGUCAUUAAUAUAGCUCCAUUCAAAAAAAAAAAAAAUCUGCUGGGUUAAAAAAAGAAUUUUUUUCCAGAGGCCUCUCUUUGCUUUAAAUCUGCCUUGUAAAUUUUUUUUUAUAAAUCAAGUGAAAGGCGACAUUGCCAGAAACAUACCAUUUACUUGCACUACUAGGUUAGGGAGGGUUUUAGGGAUGUUUCCUAUGGACAUUUUCUUUCUUUCUUUUUUUUUUUUCUUUGCAUAUGAUCAAUUCUGUAGGAACUUCAUUAUCACAGUCCUUAAAGCCAACGGGUCUAUAUUCUGGAUACUUGGGUGGGGAAUAAAUUCAAAUUUUCACACUGUGUAUUGUGUUUUACUGAUUUGAUCAGGUAUUGCUUAUGAAAAUUCCAUAGGGGUAUUUUUUUUUAAUUUUUAAUGUGUAAUUUAAACAUACCACGAAGAGGAGGAGAGCCAUAAGCUAGAACAUUUGGCAGGAACUGUCCUUAUGAAUUAAGAACAAGAAAAUGAAAAGUGUUAUUAAAUUUCUAUGUGUUUGUCUGACAAAGCAACAUAUGGAUGGUAUUUAGAAUUUGAAUUAUAUGUAAAUCGGGGAAAGGGGGAUACUCUGGAGCAAGUUGCCAGUAUUGAACUAGAUGACUUUCAAGGCUCUCCUAUCAUGCUAUUCUAUUUCCAAAGAGAAAAACCAGCAGAGAAAUGGUAUUUUAAGAAUUCUAAUCUUUUAUUUUUUUGUUGUUGUUGUUGUCUUGUAGUGUCUUGUUAUAGCUAUGUAGUUGAAAAACAAUAAGGCACAUAUGUUUUUCAGUUUUUUCAUUGUCAAAUGUUAGAGGACCCUGUCCCCUCUAGAUGCCCUGAUUUCCUGGGCCUGCUGAGUCCAGUCAAAUGGGUCCCCGUGCCAGGCCUCAAUACUGCCAGGGAAUCAAACUGAGGGAGAGGACCCUCCGUGUCAUAUAUCAGGAAGCCCAAUGCCAGAGGAGAGGCAGCUCCCAAACUGCCUUUGCUCUGGGUCUGGGUUGGUGCUAUAGGCCAAGAGUCAUUUUAUACUUGGAGUCUAAGUCAAUCCCAGUUUGGGGAAAGAUUAUUUUUAAGCUUAAAAAGGCUGACCCAUGUGCCAUUAUAUGUAGUAUGUAAUAUAUGUAACAUCUUCCAGUUCUUUUAAAAUAAAGUGAAUAUUUAUAAUGGAUAUUUAAUGAUUGUUAUUUUUAAAAGUCAACCUAGGGUUCUUAGUUAUGCAUGACUUACUCAUCGUUUCGCUGAAAAUCAUGUUAAUAAUGUAACAAGGGGCAUGUUUAGUAUAUUUUAUCAGAUUAACUAGAAAAGCAGGACAGAGCUUCCUAAAGACUGGCCCCGUAGUUUUGUUCUUGUCAUUGUUUGGACUCAAUAAUGAAGUCAGUGUUGCAGUCUGCCUGGACCAACUCUAAGGAUAGGCUGAACUGAAGAAAUCGGAAUGAAAAUUCACAGACGGUCAACAAGUUGCUAAACAAAACCGAGAGCAGCACCCUGCAAUUCACUGGAGUGAAUUUGUAAUUUUAUAAUUGGCUUUAAAAAAUAAGAAGCAAGCAAAAGAGAAAGAUUAUACUCACAAAUCGGGUUGCAGAGAACGUGAUACAGAAGGCCUGCAGGAGCAUGUGUUUAAUGAGAUAUGAGAUAAUCCAGUGGCUGUUUAAGAAGUGACUCUUAAGAAGAGAGCGAUAGCGUGAAUGCUUACCAGAACGUAGACCCGAGCCCUGCCACAGUCAUACUUCAAGCCAUCCAGGACAAAGAUACUACGUUUUGUGACAGUCUCCAGUAGCUGGCAUUCAUUUCUAGACACAGGUGUCAUUAUCAAACGUUACUGAAUAAAAUUCACGGCAUCUGACAGAAUUUUUGCACUCUUGAAGGGCUCAGCACUUAUUGCCUCAGUUUUCUUUCCUUUGGUGCCAGGACCUCAUCCAGGGCGAAGCAUGUGCUCCCCAACUGGUCUCCAUUCCAGGCCCAUUGGCAUCAUCCCAUUAAAAACAAACAAACCCCCAUUAGCAAGCAUAAGUG